AGCCGCCGCCGGAGCCCGGGGCCGGGACCGGAGGAAGCCGCGCGGUGCGGGGCCGCCGGAGAGGAUCGGGGUCCGCGGGGAGGGCGCGCGGCCCGGCCCGAUCGCCCCGAGCCCGGCGCGGGAGCGGAGCGGGAGCGGAGCGGGAUCUGGAGCCGGGCCGGCCGCCGCCCGAUCGCCCGGAGCCCGAAGGAGAGCGAGCGGAGCCGGGCCGCCCGCCGCCCGAUCGCCCGGAGCGCGGAGCGCGGAGCCCGGAGCCCGGCCGGCCGCCGUGGCGGCGCCCGGGACCCCGGCGCCCGCGGUGACCCGGGCGGGCCCGCGGCAGGCCGGCGCCCGCGGGCCCAUGGUGGGCUCGGAGCGCGAUGAGCCGCCCGUCCUCGGCCGGACCCAGCGCUAGCAAGCCCGGCCCCAAGCCGCCGCCGCCCCCGCUCGCCCCGGCCCCGGCCUCGGCCGCGCCCCCGGCCGCCGCCACCAUCUCGGCCGCGGGCCCCGGCCCGGCCGCGCUGCCCGCCGCGGCGGCAGUGAUCGCGGGCCCCGGCGGCGGCGGCCCCGCGUCCCCGCAGCACCACGAGCUGACGUCGCUCUUCGAGUGCCCGGUCUGCUUCGACUACGUCCUGCCGCCCAUCCUGCAGUGCCAGGCGGGGCACCUGGUGUGCAACCCAUGCCGCCAGAAGCUGAGCUGCUGCCCGACCUGCCGGGGCGCGCUGACGCCCAGCAUCCGGAACCUGGCGAUGGAGAAGGUGGCGUCGGCCGUGCGCUUUCCGUGCAAGUAUGCCACCACAGGCUGCUCGCUGACGCUGCACCACACGGAGAAGCCGGAGCAUGAAGAUGUGUGUGAACACCGGCCCUAUGCCUGCCCCUGCCCUGGUGCCUCCUGCAAGUGGCAGGGUGCGCUGGAGUCUGUCAUGUCACACCUCAUGCUGGCCCACAAGAGCAUCACCACGCUGCAGGGCGAGGACAUCGUCUUCCUGGCCACGGACAUCAACCUGCCGGGCGCCGUGGACUGGGUCAUGAUGCAGUCCUGCUUUGGCCACCACUUCAUGCUGGUGCUGGAGAAGCAGGAGAAGUACGAGGGUCACCAGCAGUUCUUUGCCGUCGUCCUGCUCAUUGGCACCCGCAAGCAGGCGGAGAACUUUGCCUACCGGCUGGAGCUGAAUGGAAACCGGCGGCGGCUGACCUGGGAGGCCACACCACGCUCCAUCCACGAUGGAGUAGCUGCCGCCAUCCUCAACAGCGACUGUCUGGUCUUCGACACAGCCAUUGCACACCUGUUUGCGGACAAUGGGAACCUGGGCAUCAACGUGACCAUUUCCACGUGCUGCCCCUGACACACCAGGCGUCCACCACGUACCAGAGGCACUCUCUGUUCAAUAAAAGGUUUUAUAGAGGUUUACUCGGUAUGUCUACACAAGUCCUCGCCCAUGCUGGGUGACUGGCAUCAUACGACGGUUCAUAAAUGGGGGGAUUGGGGCGGCAGGGGAGUGACCCCAAAUUCACCCUGUGAUUAAUUUGAUCACUUCCAGAACAACAGACCACCCCACCUGCUCCGUGGACUGUGCUCAGAGCCAGGUGGCUUCCCCCAGCCUGUACCCAUCAGGGAAGAGGCCCAGGGGCUGCAGAUCUGUCCCGUCUCAGGAGUCGGGUGUCACAGUGCCUCCAAGCCAUAUCUCUAGACCAGGGGUGACCACACAUGGAAACUUCUAGAGUGCUCAACUGAAAAUGCAGAUUUGGGCUGAGUACCAGUGGCUCACCCCUGUAAUCCUAGCCACUCAGGAGGCUGAGAUCUGAGGAUCUCAAUUUGAAGCCAGCCCAGGCAGCAAAGUCCAUGAGACUUUUUAAUAUCCAAGUAACCACAAAAAA